AUGGCGCCUGUGUCCGACAGCAAUUACUUUGCCUCCCUGGAAGAAUGCCUCUCUGGGGAGCGGAUGCUUCUGUCCUGGAAGCAUGUCGCCACUGCGCUCUCAGACGACUCCGGCAGGCGACAGACCAGCGCAGCCGUAGUCGACUUUCUGGCUGACGAAUACGUCCACUCGCUUUUGAAAGACCCUGCAGCCGCCUUUGCGCCGCCCAGCGAUUCUACCCGGAAAGACUUCGAAACAAAGACAGCGCCAAUCAACGUCGCAUCUGCCUCUGCAGACAAGAACGAUGUCAAAGCUGUCAAGGAAGAUGCCGAAUGGCUGAGCAAGAACGCCAGGGUCAAUCUGGUUGCUGCUCUUCGCGUCGCCGUUGUCGAAUUCCAGUCGCGCGCUUCGCAACACUUGACCGGUCCGCUCUCUACACAAGACGCCACCAACUUGCAGGAAGCUGCCGGGCUGCAGAAUGGGCAGGGCGGCUCCUUGCUGGCUGAUCUGGGCGCCGCUCCGGCGCUUGACUCCGACGAAAUAUCUGCCGAAUUUGCCAAGGUCGAUUCGAGGCACCGUCGCCUCUUCGACACACUCCUGACCGAACGUCGGUCGUUUAUGAUGACGAUGGACUACAUAUACUCGAUCAAACUCUACGGUCGACUACCAAUCUUCACAGCAACAAGGGUCACGAAGCUCGCCACGCUCUAUAAGCUGAAAGAGACCACACGGGCAAAAGAGGAGGCGACCACGUUGCUGCCGGCAUACCUGAAGAUCGUCAGCGGUUGCAUGGGGGCCAUUGAAUCCGGCCUCGGGUCGUUGACCGACGAUAAAGCAAUCUUGGCGGAAGCAAUCGAACUCGAGUGGUUCCGGAGCCUCCUGACGGAGAUUGUGCAUGCUCUUUCGGUCGUCUUUCAGCUCGUGGACCACCUGGGGAGCGACUUCCCACCUUCCGGCUCCAUAAACCAGUGGUUCUCCCUGAUGGACACAUACACCUUCUUCGACUCGAUCCAGCCAAUCCACCCGAAGAUCAAUGAGCUGAUUCCCCCGCUCAAGUCUCUCGCCGUGGCCGUCUCCAUCGGCCUUCUGAAGCCUGCCCGGUCACUGACUUUCCUCGCCGAGCGAGAAGAGGACCCCACCUUGCCCGAGGACUCAUACGAUGCUUACCCGCUUCUCUCGGACGUCUUAGAGCAGGUGCACAAGUGCAUCAUCGAUGCGGCAAGCGCAGAUUGCGAGGCUGCAACACCGGCCGUCUUUGCUUGGACCCUGCUGCUUCACCGCAUGAACGUGUCGUAUCAAAACCGGACCGAGAAGCGCGAUAAUCUGUUGCAGCAGAACGCGCGGGAGAACUUUGAAUCCGGAGGCGUCAUUCGGCCUACAGGGAGACGCAACUCGGCCGGAAGCAUCUUCUCCAUCGAGUCUUCCAAAUUUGACGGCUUCCUCGAAAACGCCACUGCGUCCAAGGACCUCCAAGUAGUGGAGCAACUUGCGUCAAGCGUCACUGCCCAUGGCAAAGUCUUCGACAUCAUGUCAAGCAUGGCAACUGGAUUGGGACCCUCCGUUGAAGGAAGCAUGUCGCCUCUGCUUAGCUCCCGCAUCCGGGCUGCGCUUUUGGAGCUCUUGAAGGUCUCAUAUCCGAUUGUAGGAUAUCAGUCUGAGCCCCUCGGCACCUUGCUCUCAGUACUUUCGACAGGGAGAGACUACUGGGACCUUUCAUCUGAAGACGCGCUCUCCGCAUCGCACGAUGUCCUCACAUCCAUGACCCACGACGACUACCUGAUGCAGUUCUACUUCCAACAAGCUCUGGAUCGCUUUCCAUACGAGUUCAUGCCGUUCAUUUCACUGUGCAAGAGCCUCUGUACGGCGGCAACGUCUGACGAUGAGGAGCAGCCCGAUUUGAUACUCGACCUCCUGCGCAAGACCCCGUCCCUGACGUUUGUCUUGCCGGACGACUUUCAGGGAUACGAGUUGGUGCAAGAGGACGAGAACACCAACUCCUUCUGCAUCCUUGAAGACAUCCCGUUGAUCACGCUAUCAUCGUCUUGGAAGCGAAGGUACAUCGAGGACGACGCUUAUAGAAUACCCGCCGGGGCAUACGGGCGGUUCAUUACGGACACAGGUCGAGUGGUUCUGAUGGAUUUCCCACACUCGACACUGUCUCUCCUUGGCCGACAGCUCGAAAUCAACCUCAUGAAGGAAGGCUACCGCUCGGAGCUAAAUAUGCUGCAGCCUGAAGAGGUUGUCGAAGUCAUUUCGUUGCUGGCAACUCUACUGCGCAUGGAGUAUCUGAGGUCAACUAAAACGAACAGCAACACCGCCGUCGUUCAGAAGGACAGUGACCUAUUGCACGAGAUGAGCAAGCACAUCAGCGGUGGCAGGGACAUCGUAACCGUUGUCUGCGAGACCAUGGACUACUUCAUGCAGGAUGAACUGGCAAUGGCCGAAGAGGCCGCUGUCAAUGUUGUCACUGCCUGUGUGAAGUUCCUGGACGCGAUCGUGCCGGUGCAACCCAGUCGUGUGUGGUCAUAUUUGGCCCGAAGCGAGUUGCUCAGCUCUGACUCGCGAGCCGGAAAGCUGGCCAAGAUCACCGGCACUCUCGAUCUGGUCUCCGAACGAUUCAACUUUCUCAUGUCUUCAUUGUCGUUCUUUUCGGGGCUCAUUGACACAGCGAUGCAUUCGGCUGUCCAGCGACGGGCAGGGAACAAGUUUACCGGACGGCAAAAAGCCGAAUCCAAUCCUUGGUUGGGUACGGCCGACAAAGUGCUCUCGAGAGUAAGCGUUUCAAUUGCACACGCCUCUAUCGAUGUCUUCGAAAGCUCUUCUACUUGGCGAUUUGAAUCCGAUGUUAACCGACUCUCGUUGCUGGAUGCCGUCGUACCUGUGCUGGACAAGCUGGUCCUUUACAGCUACAAUAUGGGAGAAUCGGCCAGCGCAGAGAACUUAACAUCAUGCCUUCGAGCGGCGGCCUCUUACAUCGUCGACUGCUUCAUGUCUCCGGCUACCGGCACUCUUAGGUUCCAACCUAUUCUCAGUUCUCUUAUUGCGGGGUUCGUCGCCGGCAACUCGACAUUGUAUCCUACACGGACUAGGACCAUUCGUGGACAGCUGACCUCCACCCUCAAGCUGUCCACCACUCUGCUUCGAGCAGCCAACUACACGGAACAAUCGACUGCCAUGUUCGAGACGUACCUUUUCAAGAGCUCAACGCUGUUGGCAAGGAUAUGUGCCGUUUCGGACUUGCUUCGCAGUCCUGCCAUCGUGCUUUUGGAGGCUCUCGUGGUCAACGCUGGCAAGUCUGCGUCAGAGCCGCCGUCUCUGCUUGGUUAUCUCGGCCCCGAGUUUUCCAAGUCGUUCCUGCAGCUGCUGUCCAGCCUGGGUAGACCCCUUGCCUUGACGCAGGAUGCCCAAGUGACUUGGCGCUUCUUCUCAUCCAUCCUGAGGAAUCGGCAACAGUGGAUGUCUAAUUGCCUUCUCACUGGCCAGACACCUCGGGAAGCCAUGAAACAAGGAAGCAAGGCGAGUGAGCUCUCUGCCGACUCCGUCUUUGCGGAUGCCUUGGCGAAGCUGCGGGCACUCAAGGACCUUGACGGAGCUGAGGCCCUGGCAAUCUUGGAUUUUGUCGCCUCGGCGCAGAAUUACUGGCCGUGGACGGUCUUUACACUUCUCAAAGACACGACCUAUGUGGAUGGCCUGCGAGCGUACGUGCGCAAGCUGAAGCCAUCUCACCUGACCGUCAAAACGGACGCUGUCGGCACUAGCAUUGAUGCUAGAAUAGCGGCGUACGUCGCGGAGACCUUGGCUAUGCAGCUGUAUCACUCGCGGCACCAAGGCAACGCUGACGCGCUGGCGAAAGCCCUCGUCACUGACCUCGAUUACUUCCUACGCGAUGGUGUUGAGGUCGCCGGCUACAACAAGUCGCUUCACGGAAACUUUGCCAAGAACUUCGCCAACAAAUACUUCGGCUGCGCCGUGGAGAAUUUCAAGCGCACGGGGCUCGAACCUGGGGAGCUGGGCAACAACUAUUACUACGAUUUGGAUCGUGCGGACGACAUGCUUAAGUUCGAUCCUGGCUGGCUGGGCAGAAGGGACAAUGGCUUCAAGAAUGAGAUGGAGCUUGCAAACGCGAACCUCUCCCUGGUCGACGCCCAAAUAGCCCUCUUCCACGCAUGGGAGUUCCUGCUUCUGGAGCUUAGCACGUGCCUGCCGGCAAACGAGACGGUUGUGCGACAGAUGCUUCAGGUUGCGCAACAAUGCCUGAAUGCGAACCAAAGCGCGACAGGGCCGGAGAGCAUUUUUGUCAAACUGGUCGCCGCAAGAGCUGACUUGGCUCUCGUCCUGGUGCAGCGGCUUGUCAAGUCAUCCAUUGCGGUCAAGGACAUCAACCAGCUCUUGGUCACCUUGGUGGCGACGAUACGCGGCGUCGAGGAGCCGCUGGCAAAGGAAUCCGCGGCGUAUUAUCGCACCCUGUUGAAGUGCCUAUUCGUCACCCUGAGGGCCUAUCAACUGACAGACCAGAAGGCCGCGUCUGAUUCAUCAGCCGAAUUGGAGAGCUCAGCAGCAGAUGUCACGCAAACCAUUCUGAACAUCCUGGACCACGUCGUCUGCAAAGGUUUCCGGGCUCUGGUCAGCCUCAUCCAUGAUAACGACGCAGAAGUGGUCCCGGAAGACCUGGCACUCUUGACGGCCAUAUUGCAGGCAAGCCUGGGCCUCCCCACCAUCGAACAGUCGCAAACUCAGGUCAUGAACAUCGUGGCUUCUCACGAUGCCGUUCACGCGGCGACAGCAUUGUUCUCGUGGGCCGACAAGCUCGCUCACCAAGGCGAUCCGGUCUACGGAGAACUCAGCAUCUUGUUCCUUUUGGAACUGUCGACCCUGCCGCUGAUUGCAGAGCAGCUGGCUUGUGACGGCGUCCUCAGCAGCUUGCUGUCUGCGAACCUUGCCAAGUACAUGCUCAAGGCCGAAAUCUCUCCCUACGCCGACGCCCCAGUGGCGCAGCGCUGCUAUGCGAUCUGGGCAAAGGGUUUGCUGCCGUUCAUGCUCAAUCUGCUCGCCUCCUUGGGCGCUACCAUCGCACCAGAGGUCGCUUAUGUUUUGAACCAGUUCUCACACCUACUCGAGUCCAGCGUGGAUCGGUUUGAAGCACCGGGCCUGAAUCGGACGGCGUCCAGAUCUAGGCCCCAUUAUGUCACGCUGGUGGCAACAUCAGAGAUUCACUCCCUGGCACUGCUGACUCGCAUUCUGGCGGUCUUGCGUAUUAACAACACGCGCGACAUUCCUGCCGUCGAGUGGGACACGACGGGCCUCUUAGAAAACGUCGACUUUUGGCUCUCCGGCAGGCGGCUGCUGAGAGAGCGGCUGCUACCUCUGGGAGCCCGAGAGGUGGAGUGGAGGAACACCAAGGCAUCCAACGCGGCGGGGGGCAACGACAACGUGCUCGAGCAGAAGGUCGUGUCGCAGCUGGAGACGGUGAGGGAUGUUUUGAGCGAAGCGCUCGAAUCAUGA